AUGUCUUUACUUCCAAGUGAAAUUUAUCAUAUAAUCUUCGAUUAUUUCUGGGCUCAUGAAAUUCUACAUUCAUUUUGUGGUAUCACUGAUUAUAUUGAUAAUAUUCUAUUGAAUUAUCAGAAUUACAAGAUCAAUGGUAAAUCAAUUCGUAAAUCUCAUUUUGAUCUUCUUUGUCAAAUUCGACCAAAUCAAGUUAUUUCAUUAGUUUUAUCAGAUGAUAGUUAUACACCCAAUCAAUCUCAGUUAUUUCGAUCUUUAGUUUCAAUUGAACAAUUUACACGAUUACGAUCAUUAAAACUGAUUGAGCUAGAUGAUGAUGGUGCAUCGUUCUUUUCAGAUUUAUAUAAACUUAAACAUCUUGUUAGUCUUGAAAUCAAUCUCAAAGAUAAAUUACCAUUUAUUAAAACUAGUCCACCAUUACAACGAUUGAUUAUAAAUAUUGAACCUGGUGUACAUUAUGAUCUUGAUCCAUUGAUUACUAUGAUUCAAUUUGAACAUUUACGUCAAUUAACAUUAUCAAAUUGUUCAUGUAGAAAAUUUAAACAAAUAUUUCAUCGAGCUAUACAUCUUAUAUCAUUGAAAAUUUCAUUAAUGUUUACAGAUGCAAAAGAAAUGGCCAUACUAAUUAAUUUUCAUCAAGAACAGUCGAAAAUAAUUGCUCUCAAAUCUCUCUCAUUGUCAAUUGAAGGAUAUGGUGAUACAAUAACACGUUCUCAUCUCGAAGGAUUUCUUGCUCCAUUAAAAUGUUUACGAAAAUUGGAAUUGAUCAUUUCAUGUUUUAUCGAACCUGAAUGUUAUGAUGCAAAUCAAUGGGAAAUAUUUAUUAUUAAAAAUCUAUCACGAUUAAUGACAUAUAAUUUUAAUUUUUCGCAUGUAAGAAUUGAUAAAAAUGUACUCGAUCAAUAUCGUCAUCCAUUUUGGAUGAAUAAAUGUUGGUUUGUUGCUACAGAUGAGAGUUACUCAUCUAUUUAUUCGGUACCACAUUUUUCGCCAACGUCAAUGAAAUAUUCAUCUAUUCCAAUAUCAUCAAAAUAUACAACAUUACCCAUUGACCAACAUAUUACUUGUUAUGAUCGUGUUACUCAGUUAGAGUAUGAUUCCGGUCGUCGAAAAGCACAUCAUCGUUAUAAUUACAUUGAAAAAAUUUAUCUUACAAGUUUAAAUAUUGAUAAGAAUGCUAUUAAUCUAUCGAAAGUAAAAUCAUUAGUUAUAAAAAAUUCUCAAUGGACAUUCAGCAAAAUUUUAAUACUUAUUAAAGAAGUAAUGCCUUCUGUUAAUUAUCUUAGUUUAAAUUGUCCUCAUCCUAGUCUUGGCACUGGAAAUCUUCCAGAUAUUUCACUUAAACAAAUUAAAACAUUAGUAUUACCUAAAUAUGCAGAGUUUUUGGAUGAUGAUUAUUUUGUUUGGUCUCUAUAUUUUCCAUGUGUCGAACGAUUAGUUGUUACAAUUAAUUCAAAAAAUCAAAUACCAUUUUUAAUCGAUGAAUUCGGAAGUAUGGUUAGUGGUUUCUUUCAUAUUGAUUCAUGUUUGAUUGGUACAAAAAAACCAAUUAAAAUGACAUGUAAAUGGUUAAUAAAACAUACACAUCGUUUGACAGAUAGAAAUCCCAAUGAUUUUGUUUGUCAAAUCAACGACCAAUAUUUCUUUUCAGUUUGUUUAUGGAUCACAGACGAUGAUGAUGAUAUAUUUCUUGAUGAAAAUAAGAAAAUGAUCUCCAAUGGCAAGUGGUGGAAUAAAUGUUUUUCACAAAAUUCGAUGAAAUAG